AUGAGGCAACAAGCAAUGGCAUUGUGUGGUCACUGCAAGAAACUUGCUCCCGAGUAUGAGAAAGCUGCAUCUACAUUGAGUGGUCAUGAUCCUCCUGUUAUUCUGGCAAAGGUAGAUGCCAAUGAAGAGAAAAACAAAGUUCUUGCAAGUGAAUAUGAGGUUCAAGAAAUGGAGGAAGAAUAUUCAAGAUUACAAGGUCCUCGUGAUGCGGAUGGUAUUGUUUCUUACUUGAAAAAACAAAGUGGUCCUGCAUCCGUUGAGUUAAAAUCUGCUGAAGAUGCUAAUGGCCUUGUUGAUGACAAAAAGAUUGUUGUUGUGGGAAUAUUCCCAGCAUUAUCCGGUGAGAAUUUGAGAAUUUUACCGCUCUUGCUGAGAAUUGCGCUGUUCAAGCCAUUUGAUGAGCUCUUUGUAGACUUUCAGGAUUUUGAUGUUGAUGCUUUAGAGAAGUUUGUUGAAGAAGGAAGUAUCCAAUUGUUACUCUCUUUAACAAUGACCCUAGCAACCAUCCUUUCGUUGUCAAAUUCUUUGACAGUCCUAAUGCAAAGGCCAUGUUGUUUUUAA